CAAGUCCUCAUCACCCGCUGUGUUUGGGGGUCGCAUACCCUCCUCGCCGUCGUGCUCCGUCUUCAACGCUAAUAUCCUGGAUACUACGGAUACUACGUCGUCCUGCUCUUGUCGAAUUCUUUCACACUCUUCGCUACUUCUCGCCACUAAAGAUGAAGCACAUCCGCGGGCUCGUCACCACCACACAGGCUCUUCGCCAGACAUUCCUCGUUCCCCACGUAUUACCACGAUCGCAGUUCCUACGCUACGCUCCGGCGCAAUCUUCGUCGCAGCUCCGGUUUCGCUUCACAUCCUCCCGCUAUAGCCAACCGACCAGGACCGACGAGUUUAGAGAUGAAGGUAUUCAGGCAGACUUUAUCCAGCUCGUGGGCGAGGAUAACAAACUCAUGCCACCUGUGCAACUCAAUUCUGUGCUAGCUUCAAUCGAACGACCUGCACAGUUUGUACUUCAAGUCGCUCCCGGUGCGUCUGACAGACCACCCAUUUGCAAAGUCGUAAACCGCGAGCAAAUGCGACAGCGCGAGCGUGCCGUCACCAAACCCGCCCAAGCUACCAAGAUAUCAGUAAAGCAGAUUGAGCUCAACUGGGCCAUUGAUGCGCAUGAUCUUUCUCAUAGGCUGAAGCAGCUUACCUCUUUCCUGGAGAAAGGCAGGCAGGUAGAAGUGAUAUUGACGAAGAAGAAACACAAGCGAAACGCGACCCCGGAAGAAGUCAAGAACGUGAUGGACAAGGUAUUGCAAGCCGUGAAGGAUGCAAAUGCCAUACAGGUCUCAGCUAUGGAGGGGCAACCGGGCAAGCGGGUUAUGCUCACAGUGAAGAAAAAGGAUUUGUGAUGUUAUAUCGGAAUGCCUCAUAUGUCUUGUACAUUAUAUAAAACCAUAGCAUUUGUACAAUAUUCAACGCCUUGUACGGAGUAGUUCCAGCUACUAUUUGUAAAUCAAGCAGGUGACCCCAGAGUUGGGUGGCCCAGAUUACGAAGGACUCUGACCUUCAGGCACGGCUCACGUAAAAUCCAUGUACUUCUACCUCUCAUGCACU